UUCAUUUGUUUAUCCAGUACGCGAAAACCUGUGGAGGAGUUUGUUGUCAGUAGCCAUCACGUAGAUUAGUUAAAUGUUGAGUUUGACUGUUCAGUGUAUAUGUUGCUGUACAUAAUUUCGAGUCCACAAUACAUAUGGUUAUGUACUUGAUAACAAAAAGCUUCUAUGUUUAUUUUCAAGUGUCACGAACGUUAUUAUCCACAAUUUGACAGCUGCGUGUGUGAAAUUUCGAAAAGCUUGUGUUAGUUGUAAGGAAUAUGAAGAGAAGAAAUGCCGAAUGUGGCAAACUUCGUAGACCUGUCAAACGAAAUAAAAUAACGGAGGGUAUUUAUGGAAGUACGUUGCUAUAUUUAAAGUUCCUCGUGGUAUGGGGUGUAGUGCUGCUAGCUGAUUUUAUUUUGGAGUUCAGAUUUGAAUUCCUCUUGCCGUUUUGGCUACUUCUUCGAAGUGUUUACGACUCGUUCAAGUUCCAAGGCUUGGCAUUUUGUAUAUUUUUUAUUUGUGUUGCUGUGACGUCAGAUAUGCUCUGCUUCUUCUUCAUCCCAGUUCACUGGCUCUUUUUUGCAGCCAGUACUUACGUAUGGGUACAAUAUGUGUGGCACACAGAGAGGGGCAUUUGUUUGCCUACUGUCAUUCUGUGGUUCCUGUUUGUCUAUGUUGAAGCAGCAGUGCGACUUCGAGAUAUCAAACAUCUUCCAUUUCACUUGGAUUUGUGCAGGCCGUUUGCAGCCCAUUGCAUUGGCUACCCAGUCGUGACUCUUGGAUUUGGAUUUAAGAGCUACGUUGGAUACCGAAUGCGGCAGCGGAAGCAGAAGGAAGUAGCAAAAGAAAACGAAUUCUACAUGCAGUUGCUUCGACAAGCUCUCCCAUUAGAGCAGCAUGAGACACACCAGCAUUUACUACCACAACAGCACCUCCUGCAACAGCAGAAACAUCACCAGACUUGCCACGCAACUUGUCUUGAGAAGAACAAAGGUCAUACAUCACAGAAUGAUUCUGCAAUGUCUAAUGGAAUUGUUCACAAUGGUACAUCACACUCUCACACAUCUUCUGCAAAAAAUAACCACAGAAAGUCUUUAGACAAAGGGGAGAGAGAUAAGUCUAUGGAACAAGAUAGCAAACUUACAGCAGAAAAAGGUCAUAAGUACUCAUGCGGUCAUGGAGGUAUUCCAACAGAUCUGGACUACAUAGAAAGAGUAGGGGUUAAAUCACUUGAUCGAAGCCCUGGAGCAACUCGGAAGUCCGGAGGCUCCAAUUUUAUAUUUAAAAGGUCGGUGAAUGAUUUUGAUGUAAAUGAGGUUGAAAAAGACAAAAGUGCAAAAAUAUCUGUUCAGUCCUUGAAGACUAAUUCUUCAAGUAGAUGGAGCAGUAAUCAAUCCCGUGAAAAUGCUCAGCGUGAAAGAAAAAAUAAAGUUAACCGUGAUGUUAAUCGUGAAAAUGCAGAAGGCAGUGUAUCAUGUAAAGACGAGUAUUAUGCAAGGUUAGAAGCUGAUGUAAGAAGGUUCAAAGUUGAUCUGCAGCUGAGCAGACAAGUAGAACAGGAACUGCGUAGCCAGAUAAGCACACUUGUAUCUGGCGAGCAGAGUGUUAAAAACGAGCUUUCUCAGCUUCAGCAGGAUAAUGAUAACCUUCAGUCAAAGCUCCAUGGUUUAGUCACUGCUAGACAGUCUGACAAGCAGACAAUUUCUCAACUAGAACGUCGAUUACAAGAGGAAAGGCGGUUACGGGGCUCAUUUGAAGCGCAGCUGACAGCAGAAAGAAAAGCAAAGAAGGCUGAGGAGGCAGUGGCAGCACGGGCUGUUGCUAUGGCAGCAGUAUCUAACAAAAAUGAAUGCACAGAAAGCUGUCGUGCAAGGAGAAGAGACCUCGAGGCUGAAGGGAAACAAUUGAGGCGGGAGCUGAAGCUGAAAGAUGAGCGGUUCCUUGCUGCGGAAAGGGAAAUGCAGACAUUGCGGCAGUACAAAGAGACACACAAUGAGUCUGAAAUACUUAUGUCUGCCCUUUCUGCAAUGCAAGAUAAAAAUGCACAUCUGGAAAACAGCCUGAGUGCAGAAACUCGAAUAAAGUUAGAUCUCUUCUCAGCAUUAGGAGAAGCGAAACGACAGCUGGAGAUUCGAGAAAAUGUCAUUCGAGCUCAAGAAAAAGAAAUCGAACAGCUGAAAUGCAAGAUCGCACAGGUUUUAGCAAUAAUGCCCACUGAUUCAUUUGGUCCAGAGCAGCCUAGUUGCCCUGGAACAUCAAAACUGUGUGUAAUAGAGACUCAGAGCUCGUGUGUCACUUGCAAUGUCUCUAAUUUAGAUCCGAAUGCUACUGCUUAUACGCCAAAGAACAGUCUUAUAGCUUCCACUAAAGGGUGAAAUGUGAUAUGAAUGUUUUGGAAUUGUCUUUUAGCAAUGUCAAAUUCUUAGUGUCUUUAUUCUCACAAUUUUUGUGUUGUGAACAAUCACAGUAAAAUUCUUGAAUAAGUACUACAUCAUUCUGAAGAAAUGGAAGUUAUUUAAUACUAGGAAAGCUUUUUAUAACAUCAGUUACCAAAAUCUGUAUGUCUUUUUUUUAUUAGUUUUUUCGUUAUUUAUACUUACAGAGACUGCAUUUUGUUUGAAC